GACUGCUUCUAUUGUUCUCAUUUGUAAGUCGCUUUGGAUAAAAGCGUCUGCUAAAUGAUUAAAUGUACAUGUAAAUGUAAGGUAAUUACCCGUUCAACUAACUUUUAGUGAUAGGGUUUAGGCAUGUCUGUUGGGUUUCUCUUUUUGUCUUUUGGUUGUGAAAUCAUACUUUUUGGCUUGUGGGUGCAUUGUUUUCAUUAGGAAGAGUGAACAUGCUAACGCGACAGGCCAUGGGUUGGAACAGAAGAAAGAGGGACAACCUUCAUCAAGUGUUAGCCCACAGAUAUGUCAAAAUCACAGAGAGGGCAAAACUGGAAGCUGCCAGCCUUAGCAAAAUCAAGAAGGAGCACAACCUUGAUCAGGAUACAAUACAGCAGUGGGUGUGUGAUGUCAGACAAUGGGCGGUUACAGAGAGAGUCUACACUCCAGGUUGUACUGAAGAGCUAAGGGCUGACAUUGAGAACAUCACUGUAACCCUUUUGCGCAAGAAGAAAGAUCUGUAUCGUUUACAUGAUAGCAACCAGGCAAGACAAAGAAAGAAAAAGAAAAUGACAGAGUUGAAGAAGAAGCUUCGCGAAAAGGUCUUGCAAUACAACACCGUAGUGGAAGGAGAUCCGAUUGACGAGGAAUUAGCUUGCAGUCUGACAGAGGGAUACAUCCUACCAUGGGAGAGACACAAAGAUGGCAACACGUUCAGGUUGAAGAGAUCUAUCUUCGACCAGGUAAUGCUGCUGAAACGCUUGGAGGAGGAGCAGAGUAUCCUGGUAAAGGAGAUGUCUCAGCACAUCAAGUACCUUCUGAAGCAAGUGCAAGAAGUCGAGUCACUUAGAGGACAGACUUUGGAGCGCAUCAAAACCAGCAGUUUCAGUGACCUGACAGAGGACGCUACACAUGGGCUCAACAGUGUCCUCAGUCGGAGGGGUCACUCACUUAGAAGUCAACACCAACAGGCUGUUAAAGCAUACAGCAGUAUAGCCACUAUGGAAUGUGAUUUUCUUUCCAUACAGGAGGACAUUGAGGAGUGGGAUGACAAUGGGUUCACCAGCCCUGAAUCUGAGGAAGACACCUAAAGACUGCUGCCAAACAACACAGAGGAACUGGAGAUUUGUACAAAAAAAUCUUGCCUUUGUUUUUAAAUAGCUGUACCAAAGUAUCUACAGGAAAGUUUGUGUAGAGUCUGUAUUUUUAUAAAAGGAAAAAAAAAUAGAAAAACAUUGUUUUAUUUAUCUCUUCUAACAUUUGAGUUUGCUGGUUUCAGACCAAAACUGCUUAUUGCUGCUUUAAAUAAUUAAUUGUCAUAUUUGCAUGGAAAAAUGUAAUGAAGAUUCAAUGGCAGUCUGUGUGUAAUUGUAACAAGUAUAAUACUAAUGCUUUUUUUUAUUUCCAUAAUAUAUUUGGAUUUAUAUUUGUUUGCAAUAUGCAUAUGCAUGUACCCAUAUUAUUUUGUAGUUAUUUGUAGUUAUAGCAUACUUUAUGUUUUCUAUAUCUACAUGUAAAUACAGACAGACAAAUCCAAACAUUUUUCACUUACAUCCUGUAAAACUGUAUAAAGAAAUGUCUUGCAUAUGCACAAC